CGGGAACGUCUGUGUGGCGGGAGGCUGCGGGCGCCGCGCAGCGGAGCGGGAAGCGGCAGGAUGGUGAAGCUGACGGCGGAGCUGAUCGAGCAGGCGGCGCAGUACACCAACGCCGUGCGCGACCGCGAGCUGGACCUGCGGGGAUAUAAAAUUCCUGUCAUAGAAAAUUUGGGUGCGACCUUAGACCAGUUUGAUGCUAUUGAUUUUUCUGACAAUGAAAUCAGGAAACUGGAUGGUUUUCCUUUGUUGAGAAGACUGAAAACAUUAUUGGUGAACAACAACAGAAUAUGCCGUAUAGGGGAAGGGCUGGACCAGGCUCUGCCCUGUCUAACAGAACUCGUUCUCACCAACAACAGUCUUGUGGAGCUGGGUGAUCUGGACCCUUUGGCAUCUCUCAAGUCCCUGACUUACCUAAGUAUUCUCAGAAACCCUGUAACAAACAAGAAGCAUUACAGACUGUAUGUAAUUUACAAAGUCCCCCAAGUCAGAGUACUGGAUUUCCAGAAGGUGAAACUAAAAGAGCGUCAGGAAGCAGAGAAAAUGUUCAAGGGCAAACGGGGUGCACAGCUUGCAAAGGAUAUUGCCAGGAGAAGCAAAACUUUCAGUCCAGGUGCUGGUUUGCCGGCUGACAAGAAGAAAGGCCCGUCACCAGGGGACGUAGAGGCGAUCAAGAACGCAAUAGCGAACGCAUCGACGCUGGCGGAGGUGGAGCGGCUGAAGGGCUUGCUGCAGUCGGGCCAGAUUCCUGGCAGAGAGCGCAGAGCAGGCCCCGCCAACGACGGUGACGAGGAGAUGGAAGAGGACACAAUUGCAAACGGGUCCUGAGCGGCCUCAGGCCGUGCAUGCAACAUGCCGCUGGGGAGUCCUGCCUCGUCGGGUCAGUGAAGAGGAGCGGAUAAGCGUUGCUGGGAUGCUCCACACUGCUGCUGGUCAUCGUUUCAUGUACAUUUUGAAAUUGAAAUGCCUGUUUUUUUACAAAUAGAUCAAUAAAGGACACUCACUGUGCUGCUAGGUCACAAGUUACUGUGCUGUGUGUACAGGUGUCUGAACUUUUAAGCUGGCCAUGCAGGAGGACACCAUCUCUAAGUUGGCUUCUGGUCCUCUGUGAAAUGUUUAGAUUUCUAAAUCCUGAAUAAAACAAGAUUAUCUGUGUGCUUCCA